ACUGGCCACGUCCUAAGGAGUGAAUUUCAGGUUAUCCGUGUCGUGAACGCUUUUCGUAGCUCCCUCUACGAAGGCUUGGAAAAACCCGAAUCCCGAACCUCCAUCCACAACUUCAUGACGCAUCCCGAGUUUAGGAUAGAGGACUCCACCCCCCACCUCCCGCUUAUAGACGACUCCGACCACCACCACCAUCACCACGGCGAGGAGGCGCACAAGAACCUGCACCAGGCCAGCAGCCAACCGUCCUCGCCCAAUAAGAACAACAACGCCAUCGACAGCGGCAUCAACCUCACCACCGACACCAGUAGAUCAGCAGCCUCAUCCAGCCCGGGAAGUCCGCUCCAUAGUUUGGAAACAUCCCUUUAGCCCAUUCCUUCCCCUCCAUCUCCUGGGAAACACACAUUCACACACAUACACACACAACUUAUAAAAGAUUCAUUAUGGGAGAAAAAUAAUAAUAAUGAACUAUAAGAGGUCAAGCAUAACAAGGCAAAAGCCACCACGACUCGUGCGAGGCACCUGCAACUGUGCUGCAGGCUGAACAAGUGAUUUCAAACAUUAUUUCAUCUUUUUUUCCUUUUUUUGUUGCGUUUUUUUCCUGUCUUUCUUGGUGGCUGUGUUGAGGAGACGCAGCAGUUACAGAACUUGAACAUUAUCAGAAUCAAAAACUGACCACUUAUUUUUUUCGUUUUUGUUUCGCUGGCAAACACAGUGACUGUAAACAAUAAUAUUUUAAAAAGCCAGUUGACUUCGACUAAUAUAAUUCCUCCUGCAUGAAUGUACAUUACCCAAGUUUUUAUUUAAAAAACUGUUGAAAAUUUUAUUUGAACUCUUUAUGAUUUUUGAUUUGGUGGGAAGUGCCGUGGACUGCUAUUUUAAGACAGAUUAUCCGAUUCACUGGUCUGUGAGUUUUUUGUGUGGCAUGUACCUAACUGUAUAGAUUUAUUUCAUGAAAUAAAAGUGUAUCAAGGUUGCAGGGCUCAACUUGCACAGUAGAUUUGCACCUGUUGGAAAAGAAGAACCCAUGAAUA